GGGGUGGUGCUGGUACUGGUGGGGGUGGCGGGAAGAAGAAGAAUAAGAAGCAGGUUUUGGUGCAGUGGGGGUAGGCCUCUGGUUUGGUAGCCUGGGGAAAGUCACCGUAGGGGGUAUGAGGUUGGUGCGUGGGGAGGGCAUCAAGCUAGUGGCGUCGGAUGUGAAUGAGUAUGAGAUUAUGAGCGAGUUUGGCCCAUGGUGGUGAAAAUAUGGGGAUUAAAUGUGGGAUAGACACUUUUAUGUAAUCAAAACGGUGUCUCAUUCUUUUGGCAGUAUCGGGUUGCCGCCAGCUGGCCCCGUCAGCGAGCAGUUUGCGCUGGCCUCCUGCGUUUAUACCACCCGUUCUGGGUAUUGGUCGCUCUCUAAAGAUCCCACAAGUCUGUCCUACACUUAAAGUGCACGGCGUCAGUGGCGAUUCGUCUUCCAAUCGUCGGGGUAUCCCGGCGGUACUGC